UUCAUGUUGUCCUUACCAAGCCGUCAUAUCCUGACAUCUUUUUUGCCUAGCUGUAAAAGUGUGUGUUCGAUAGAGGUUCUAUGUAUCAUAAUUACCAAGAAGCUAGUUUUUGUUUAGCUCUUCCUCGAGCAUGAAGAUAUUCCGAGCUCACAUCGCCAAGAUCUCUACGUAAGGUUCCGAGUGGUGACUUUCGUACGAUGGUGAAACUGAAAUGCCUAGUGCGAUGAGCGAGAGUGCGGCAGAGCAGAGGGACAGCUCGGAGGUGGAGAUAAGUCGGUUAUUUCCUAAAUGCCGACCUCGCAGCACCCCCACUUCCCCCAGCAACCCACCCAGUAUCCCCAAUUCGUUCUCAACAUCUCUAGCGCCUUCUGACUUCUCUUCAUACCCCGUUCACUCUAACUCGACGGAAGAAUUUUCGGCGAGUCAUUCUACGAGCGCCAUCAUCCACGCUGCACUCAACAGGUCGCCUCACAUCAACCCCAACACCAUAACCUACUCAGCUAACAGCCUUCCCGUCCACUCACUUUCCAACACUUCGGGCAUUAUUUCCUCUUUGACUUACGAUCCUACUGUGUAUACUUCGAACACCCACGUCCUGCCGUUCAACGGAAAACCCUCUUCCGUUUCUGCGCACUCCAAGCCACAUAACUUCAACUUUAUAGCCGAGUCUGAUGCGAACGACAAUUACGAGAGAUCAAACACGGACGAAGUGCCUCGCAUGCAAGAGUCGAGCACCGGUAGUAGCAGUAGCAACACCAGCAUCGGAAGCAACAGCAGCAGCAGAAUGUCAGUGGACACAGCGUCUUCGAACUGUUCGCCGUCCGGCGGUGUAGUGCAAACUUCCAUGAAUAACAGCGCUGACGCCUCUGUCAUUAGUGGGUAUCACGAGGUAGACCAUAGCCGCUCUACUGGUUUGGAUUCUUCCUACGAAGACGUGUCGGUUCAACAAUCGCGCCGAGAGCAUUUUAGACUUAGAGAUUCUCGUAUUGAGGCUGCUGGAGGCCGCGAACUUUACAGUCAUAGUAGAAGUCGAAUGCAUCGUCAUCGUGGUGGCAGUGCUUCCCUUGUGACACCUCACAGUAACUCGAUGAUUAUCAGUCAGCAACAUUCCAAACAGCAACAGCAGCAGCAGUUGGUCCAGCUGCAGCAACAAAACCAGCAGUUAGGACCUCAGUCACUUAAUGCGGUAAACCAAGUAGAACAGCAGAUGCACAAGCAAAAUCCGCUGGAUCACUCGAGCGCCAGCAGCAGUUGCAGCAGAACAAGCCGUGAGAGCGGACUGCCCCCAGACUCUCCUCUUGUUUACGAAGCUCGUCUUGCGGGAUCUUCGGAAGUGGUUUUUGAUGAUAUUGGGGAAUGGAGCGGCGGGCUGACCGUGCGAGGUGUCGACGGACAAACUCACGCGUCGUCCACGCCAACUUCUGGCCCUGACUCAGAGUCGCCCGAAGUCUCGCCGUCGAGAGUCACGAAAAUUGGCAACGUUCCCAUCGCUGACUACGAAGGCUCUCCGCGCAGAUAUGGGCCACGGUCUGGCAACUUACGCAUCAGUCCCCGCCAAAAUCAUUCCAUGAGGCCUAGGCCGGGCUUCCCACGACGAGUCUCUACUUUCCCAGAAGAUAAAAAAAUAACGAUAGAAAAACCUGGAAUGGGAUUACCUCAUUCCGAGAACCAUCCAAAGAAAGAUAAGUGGGUAGGAGAUAAUGGCGUCCCUAGUAGCGUUUCUCAUGUGGACAAAAUAGAAUCUCCAGUGCCUCAUAUGAUAUCUACUCUCACCUCUGUUUACGCUUCCACUCUGAACGAUACUAUGAACACAAAUUCUACAACGUCGACGACCGCAUCUGAGAAAGCCUCCGCACCCGUGGAUCAGGAACCCAUCUACGACUACGAAGUUUCCGAAACCCAAAAGGUACUUCAAGAUUUUUUUAAGGAUUCUCGUGUUACUCGUACUCCUACACAGGCUUUUUAUGAUUUAGAGUAUCACUUAAAGCGUCAUCAUGGCAAUAGCUACGUGGGGCAGCGUCUGGCUGAAGAAUACGAGGCCGACUUUUCAGUUCGCCUGAAAGACGUCGCCCACGAGUCAGCUGAGAGCGCCAGUCUUCCGGACAAUGUCCGCAGAAAAUCUGACUGUGCUUCUGAUGACCAGGGACUGGCUGUGGGUGGUGGAUGCGAGGGUCAGGGCGGCCAAGUUGUUAAAAUUGACAACUUAGAGAGUUCGAGGAACUUCACGCUGUCGCCGGACUCGACGUCGUGCGACAGCGGAGAGGUGGAGAGCUCCGAGUUCAGCGGCGGCGAGGGCGAGGAGUCGGCGCGCUCGUCUUCACGCGGUGGCCACGGCUCAGCCAUGCCAGUACUAGAGGACGGCCUCUCCUCUGGUGACGAAAGUGAGAUGGGUGAGCACCUUGCGACCAUUGCUCCCCCGUCGAUGCCAGCACACGUUCACCCGCACUACCACUACGCUAUGCACCCGCAGCUCUACCAGCAGCCUCCCACGCAGCUCAUGGAGGAACCCGUGGGUGUGCCCCCCACACCUCAAGCCGAAGAGAGUCUCACCUUCGAACAGCAGCAGAUGAACGAGAAGCUCAGGGAGCAGAAGCAGAUCAUGCAGCAGGUCGAGGCAGAAGGUAAGCUGCACUACAAACAGAUGCGCCUCAUUGAAAAACAGGCACAGCUAGAGCUGCAUAACAAGCACAUCAAACAGAAGGAGUUGGAGAAAAAGCAGCAGCAGCAGCAGCUUAAGCUACAACAACAGCAGCUGAAGUUACAUCAGCACCAGCAACAGCAGCAAAAAUUGCUGCAACAACAACAAUUGCGUACACACCAGCAGCUGCAACAAGAAGAGCAGCCACAGCACAAGCAGCAGAAUUCAAUUCUUUCCAGCGAGACGUGCGACGUCAAUGAAUCUGUUGCGCCAAAGUCUAAACUGCCGGCACCUGGCGACGAGUUCACCACCAAUGACAAGCAAAUAGACGAGGCCGCGUAUUCAGGCUUGUCUGUUCAGACUAUUGGUGAUUCUGAGCAGAAGACAAACCGAUGA